AUGAAUUUAUUAAUUGAAUCAACAAGAAAACCGACUUCAUCUAAUUCAAUAACAUCUCGUUCAAAAUCUAAUAGUAUUUCAUCGUCAUCUGCAAUAACAACUGAUCCAUGGAUACGUCAAGUUGAUAAACAUAUUUGGCGUGCUAUAGAUUUUUUACACAUUAUUGUUAUGCUCUUUUCAUUUUAUACAGCUAUUAUUGUUGCCAUCUUACGAAAUGAACUAUUUGAACAAUGUCCAUUGUAUGCUAAACUUUAUCUUCGUGAUAACGCAACACAAUUUUCUUCCGAAACAAUCGCUCAAAAAACUGUAUGGGGUGGUGUUUAUACAUGUGAAUUUGCAUCAUUUGCUUAUCUUUCAACAUUUGUUCUUUCAUUUAUCUCACUUUGGAUUCAUAUCGUUUUUCGACGAGUUAUUCGAACAGAACGUUUACUACGCUUACCCAUUGGAUUAUGUACAUUAAUAUUUGCUUUAAUAACAUUUAUUGCAACAAUAAUUGUUACUGAUGGUGUUAUUAAAUUUUGUUUAAAUAGUCAACAGUAUAUUUGUUCAUCAACAGGUGAAGCUAUAUUUAGUCGAUCAAGAUGGAAAAUUCUUAGUUUACCUGUUGAACGAAAUUUUCAUUUCAAUAUUGCAGGUGGAUGGUUAACAACUCUAUCUAUACUAUUAAAUGUAUUUGUUCGUGGAAUUCAACUUUUUUCUAAACCAAAAAAGUCACCUGAAACAUUGAAAUUACUUCUUAAUCAAUUAAUGGCACAUCGACAUCAACUUAAAAGUGAAAAAGAUAGUAGUGAAUCUGAAUCUCAAAUUUCACAACGAUCAACAGAUAAAAAACGUUCACAGUCUUCACAUCGAUAUCCUCCAAUGAAUCGUACUUAUAAUCGAGAAUUUUCUCCUGAACUGUAUCCAUAUUAUUAUCCUCCGAUUCCUCAAUAUCGUCAAAUAGAAAAACGUUCACGAUUUCAACAUGUAUGUUGUUCAUGUUUUCGUCGUCGUCGUCGUCGUCAUCGUUCUUCACAUGAAUCAUAUCGACCAUUUAUUAUUCCCGAAGAAUAUUUUCAUCGUUUAAAUUAUCUUAAAGAAAAUGGAACAGUUCCAACAAAUUUAUGUCAUCGUCAUUCAAUGUAUCAUCCUGUUGAACAACAAACACAAACAGAUUUAAUUCCACAACGAAAAAGUAUUGAUGAAACAAGUGAAACACCAUUUUUAGGACGACGUCGAAGUUCAGUUCGAUUUGAAGAUGAAAUACCAUUAGUUAAAGUUUCUGAUGAAUCAUCUAAAUCAUCACAAAUUGAAUUUAUUUCCAUUAAUAAUAAAGAAAGUGAAGAAGCAGUAAUUCCAGAAUCAGAAAAUCAAAUUGAACGAAAUGUAUCUUUUCGUAAUAAUGAAGACGAUCUGUGGACAACUAUUACAAUCAAUACAGAACAAUCUGUACCUAUUCAAUCAAGUCAUUUCAAUAGAUUAUCUUUAGAAAAUUUAUCAGUUGUUGACACAUCUAUGUCAAAUAAUGACAAUGGUGUCACGGCUAUUCAUGUUAACAGCACUCCUACUGAAUCUAUAGCCUCUGAAACUGUUGAGAAAGACAAUUUAUCUCCAUCUGAGCCAUUAUUCAAAGAGAAACAACAUCGAUCAACAAUAAAUCGUUAUAAAACUCUUCUAUCACCUCCAUCACGAUCUCAUACAACAUCAAGUGAAGAUGAUGUUGAUCUGAAUAAUAUAAAACCUAUUGAAGAAAUUCAAGCUAUUGUGACAGAUACAUAUAAUUAUAAUAAUUUAUCACAAGCAUUAAAGUCUAAUGUUGAACGUUUAAAAAAUACUUUUAUUCAUGCUCAAGAAAAUCAAUCUCAUUAUGAUAGACCGAAAAAUAUUCGUACAACAUUAUCACAAAAAUCUUUUCAAAAUUUCAACAAUAAAAAUCAUUCGAGUGAUUGUUAA